CUGCGCUGUCUUCACUCACUGACCGCUCACCGGAAGUGAGGUGGCCUUUCUCGAGAGCAAGCCAAAAACAAACACGUAACCGUCAAGCGGCCGCGUCUACAAGAGAUUGGAGGCGACACGAUUGCUUCAGAUGGACGGAUAGACACAAGACGCGGUUAUUAGAUGCACAACUCAACAUAGGCCACCUCUCUAAAGCAGAAACAGCGGAUUCCUGCGGCUGAAGUGCAAGAUGGUGCGAGCCGCUCUUGCCACAGGCACCAGUUUGGUGCUGACUGGCGCAGUGGUUGCUCAUGCCUACUUCAUCAAGCACCAGUUCUACCCCACUGUGGUGUACCUCACUAAAAGCAGUCCUAGCAUGGCAGUUUUAUACAUUCAGGCUUUCGUUUUGGUUUUCCUUUUGGGGAAAUUAAUGCGGAAGGUCUUUUUCGGGCAACUGAGAGCUGCUGAAAUGGAGCACCUGAUUGAACGCUCCUGGUACGCGGUGACUGAGACCUGUUUAGCCUUUACAGUCUUCAGGGAUGAUUUCUCUCCUCGCUUUGUGGCCCUUUUCACUUUGCUGCUUUUCCUCAAGUGUUUCCACUGGCUGGCUGAAGACAGAGUGGACUUUAUGGAAAGGAGUCCAAAUAUCUCAUGGGUCUUCCACUUCAGAGUUCUCUCUCUAAUGGUGUUGCUGGCAGUGUUAGACUUUCUGUUUGUCAAUCAUUCGUGUCACAGCAUUAUAACAAGAGGAGCGUCAGUGCAGCUGGUUUUUGGAUUUGAGUAUGCGAUUCUGAUGACUAUGGUCCUCACCACCUUCGUCAAGUACACCUUGCAUACAAUUGAUCUGCAGAGUGAGAAUCCAUGGGACAAUAAGGCCGUCUACAUGCUCUACACAGAGCUCUUUACAGGUUUCAUCAAGGUGCUUUUGUAUAUGGCGUUCAUGACCAUAAUGAUAAAAGUGCACACCUUCCCUCUUUUUUUUUUAAUGACUGCCAUGCUUUGUCACAGCUAUCCAGAUGCCACCCCUGAAGACUUGCAAGCCACUGAUAAUGUGUGCAUCAUUUGCAGAGAAGAGAUGGUGACUGGAGCCAAGAAACUGCCGUGCAACCACAUCUUUCACUCAAGUUGCCUUCGCUCAUGGUUCCAAAGACAGCAGACGUGUCCGACGUGUCGUAUGGAUGUCCUCCGAGCGUCCCAGCCAAACCAGACUCCUGCCCCAGCUCCUGCACAAGCACCUGCCCCUGCUGCUCCUGCUAAUGCCCCCGUACAUCCACCUGUCAAUGUUGCUCCAGGUAUGAUGCCUCAGUUUCCUCCGGGUUUGUUUCCCUUUUGGGGUCCCUUCCCAGGCGCGCCUCCUCCUGCUGCCCCAGGUGCACAGGCAGCUACUGACGCUCCACAGACCAGCACCGCUGCAACACAGGCCCAGGGAGCAGAAUCAGGAGCCAGCAACUCGACCCAGCCGAAUGCAGACAGUGCCUCUGUUGCUCCCGGAGCAAUGCCUGGAUUCCCCUUCUCCAUGCCUCCACCUUUCCCAUCAGCUCCAUGGCUGCCGAUGCCUCCACCUCCACCCUUUAUGUCAUCCAUGCCACCGCCACCAUCGACUCUGUCCACCAUGUCAGAGGCCGAGCUCAGAGAACUGGAGCAGGAGGGCAGGCGGGGUUUGGAAGCCAGGUUGCAGUGCCUUCACAACAUCCACACAUUGCUGGAUGCCGCCAUGCUCAACAUUCAUCACUACCUCAGCACGGUGGCUACAUUAAGUCCUCCAAGAUCAGAAACCAACGCUGGUGAGACGAGUACAUCAGUGAAUGUGGAGUCCUCUUCCUCCACGGGCAACACGGAAACUCCCAGUCAGGAGAACGAGGCUCAGAGCGAUGGAUCUGUAAAUGGAGCUACAGGCUUUUCUCCACCAGACUCAACCACAGGAGUGGACAAAGACAGGAAGGAGGGGGAUGAAGAUGAGGAUGACGGUGAGCCAAAUGCCGCCGAGUUGAGACGACGUCGCCUGCGUAAACUGGAGACCACUAAAACUCCUGACCACUGAUGACGUGAUCCAUUUAAACGUGCAAUUGUGAAUUGACUUUGACAGUAGAAAUGCUUCUCUUGGGCACUUGGCAUGUUGAGAUGUCAGAUUAUCUGAGGAAAGUUCAUGUGUUCUUAUAUGUUCAUUUAAAUGAGGCACAUCAAGCACUUCCCGUUGUGUGGAGGAUUUGUCAUUGUAACGUGUACGGAAGACACUCGGGCAGAGAACUGGUUUCUGGGUUACCACGCAUAAAGAUAUUAAGGAUAAAAAAAAGCCUUGCACCUUGAAAGUCCGCUGUGACGUCUGACUAGAGUAAUGCUGAGACUUUCCUCUCUGAAUGUGAUUUCUGUCUGUCAGAGGAACAAGGUCUGUUGAUUUCUUGUGUGCCCUUAAAACUUGAUGUUUUCCCCUUCUUUGUGUAUUUUCAUUAUUUCAAGCGCUACAUCAUAGAUUUUUUCUUAGAUUAACUUUGGUUAUGGGUAAAAGAUGACCAUUAACCAAAUAUCUAAAUUAACUUACUGUACAUAAUGUAUAAAGUGUUUUAAUUGGAGGAUCUGUACAUACAACACAAUAAAUUGUUCGAAAGAGA